UUCUUCCCCUUCGUUGCUUCCCCCACCUGCUCUCGUCGCCGUCGCUGUCUUUCUCUCUCUCCAAGGAGGCCAAUGGCUGACGCCAACGAGAAGGCCCCUCCAAAAUCGAACCUCGAAGCAGACCUGAUCGCUUCGAUCUCCCCCUCCUCCACUUCCUCCGGUGCUCGGAAUGCCGUGGCGAUCGAGAGCCAGUUCGCAGACCUCGCAAUCUCUGACGAGCUACCCAAGCCUUCGGGAUGGGGCGAUGAUGCCGUCCUCGGUAUCGCCGGAAGCGAUGAGAUAACCGGAGAGAUCACUGGAGGAAAAGUGCAGCCGGUGGCGACAGCGGAUUCGAGGCCUCGGUUUCCGCAGCGUCACGCGGAGCCGGAUUGUACUUACUACUUGAAGUUCGGAACUUGCCGCUUCGGGAUGAAGUGCAAGUUCAACCAUCCGGCGCGAAAGAAGAAGAAUAGGGUGAAAGCGAGUGGGAGUAGCAGCAGCGGGAGCAACGACAUCAGUAAUAAAGCUUUUCCGCCGGACGAUGAUCAGACUCCUAAAGAAGAAUAUGAAGAUCUUGUUCCAAAUAUUUCAGCUGAAGUCGAUUUGUUGAAGGGAAGAAUGGAGGCAAUGCAAUUUAAGAUUGCUGAUGAGACUGAAAAAGGAUUCUAUUUGAAGAAGUUUAAAGAGACAGAACAAAAGGUUGCUAAAGAGAAAAGAAAGGAAACUGUUUCAGAAGGUAGUGCUCAGGAGGAAUGUAAGUAUUACUCAACGCCUGGAGGAUGCAAAUUUGGGGAAUCUUGCAGAUACCUACAUUACGAAGGGAAAGAAAGGAAAACAGAAGUUGCAAAGGUUGAGCUGAAUUUUCUAGGUCUUCCACUUCGUCCAGGAGGAAAAGAGUGUCCGUACUAUAUGCGCAUUGGGAGCUGCAAAUUUGCCACCAACUGCAGAUUUCACCAUCCGGAUCCUACUAAUGUGGUUUCAAGAGAUCCAGUGUUGGAGCAUGAGAAUGGCGAUAUUCCACAACAAAAUGUUCAAGCAUCUUCUCAGCUGAAUGUUCCAGUAUGGUCUGCUGACCAAAGGGCAUUGAAUGAGCACUGUGCUCCUUUUUUAGCUCCAGCAUCCUCAUACAGUGCGGGAAUGAUUCCACCUCGGGGAAUGUAUCCAUCUCCAGAAUGGAGUGGGUACCAUCAGGUUCCAUUAGGUCCAUACUACCCUCCUGGAAUCUCUUUUCAUCAUUUUCCAGCUCCUCCUGUGAAUCAUCCUAUGUACAGGGGAGCAGAUGUACCGGGACAUCAAGAACUGCCCUCCGAUGAAUACCCAGAGAGACCUGGCCAACCUGAAUGUCAACAUUUUGUUAAAAGUGGGUUUUGUAAAUUCAAGGCCAAGUGCAAGUAUCACCAUCCAAGGUCACUUGUGCCUCCACCAACAGCCGGAGCUCUUAGUCCUCUUGGCUUGCCACUCAGAUCUGAUCAGCCCGUGUGCACAUACUAUGAACGUUAUGGAGUCUGCAAGUUUGGACCAGCUUGCAUGUACAAUCACCCUUUUAAUUUUGGUCAUCCUGUAUCCGCAGCAGGGCCACCUCUCUCUGCUCAAUACCUCACUUCAGGAAACUACACGGUCUAGCAAGCAGGGCCGAUUUUUCUCUGUGGUCGCCAUGAUGCUUGGAAUAACACUUCCACUUGUAAAAUAGCGCAGCUGAAAGUUGCAGGGUUUUCAUGUUGACGAUAGAGAUCUGGUUUGCAAGUCAGCAACGAAGUUGCAUGAAGUUGGGUGCAUAGCCGCUGGGAUUCGUAGAAACUAAACACGUUUCGAUACAUGACACUGCUGCCCCUUUAUAUUGUAGAGCACUUGACGGUUCGUACACAAUUGUUGCGUCACUCAAGCCCACUUUUUCAUCUCAA